UGAUUGUGACCGCGAGGCUGCACCACUUGAACGAGCUGCGAUUGAGACCAUGGCACACCGCAGCCGAUGCCGCGAUAGCGAUGAAUAUACAACUUCAGCAUAGUCGUCGUGGACUUUCCGAAACAGCCGCAGGUGUGGCUUCUCCCUUCACUGUACCAUGACGGCUGUCGAUAGUAAAAGCUUUUUGUCUAAUGGAGGAUAUCUCCAAAAAGGGACCGAUGUCAACAUUCGUGAGGUGGACAUAGAGAAGAAGGUAUCAGAUUUACUUCCCUCGAGAUGGUACCGCGAUGAGAAGAUUUUUCAGCUUGAAAGAAGAAGCAUAUUUGCUACAUUGUGGCAUGUUGCCAGCUUUGUUGGACGAUUUAAGAAAGCGGGUGACUAUGUAGCUGCAGAGAUGUUUGGGUGGAAUUUCUUCAUCAUUAAAUCAAGUGAUGGAAGCAUUAAUGCGUUUCACAACAUCUGCAGGCAUCGGGGGCACCCAGUAGUCACCAAGAAGUGUGGCACGUCCUCGUUUCUCACGUGCAAGUUUCAUGGCUGGAGCUACAAGACUGAUGGAUCACUUUAUAAGGCACGUGAGUAUGAUGGUCUUCCCGACUUUGAUCGAGCCGGGCAUGCCUUGUUCAAAAUUCAUACACAUGUGACUCCUCAAGGGUUCAUCUUUGUCAAUUUUGACGCACGCGAGCAGCCUGCCGUGAGUUUUGAAGACCAGUUCGGAGAUGACUUUGACCCGUUGCCAAAAAAUGCAACUGGAAAAGUCAUCGGUGACGAAUUUUCGCUCUUCAAAAAGGACGAAUAUGAAUACGACCAUACGUGGAACAGCAGCAUUGCUGGGACAAAGUACAACUGGAAAACAUUCGUGGAUGGAUUCCAAGAGUGCUAUCAUUGUUUGACCGGACAUCCGACAACGCUACCAAAGGACUUUUGCCUAAAGGACUACUACCUAAGGCAAGGAUACGGAGCGUCAAGGCAUUUUUUGCCGCCAAGCCGGGACGACCUCAGUGAAGCUUACAUUACCUGGCUAUAUCCAUUGGGUGUGAUAACCUUUAGUGAGAAUCUGCUUUUUAUUGGCCGCUUCGAUGCGAAAAGUGCAUUGCAUACAAGCUACGACAGUGAGACAUAUCGAAGAGCGACGACAAUACCGAAGUCAGGUGAAGCCUACGAGCAAUGGAUGGGUCAUGAAAUCGCGUACUGGAGACUUGUUGAGAAAGAGGACGUCGAGCUAGCCGUAGACGCGCAGAAAGGAUUAAUGAAUGGUGUACUGGCCAAGGGUCGACUACAUCCAACACAAGAACACGCCGUAAAGUGGUACCAGGACAAAGUAAAAAGCUUUGUUACAGAACAUGCGAUACUUGAAGCCAAAGAAGGUCACAACAUUGACUACUCCAUCCCGCAGGCCCAGCGUGAUUACGACCAAGGCGAUGUUUUGUGCAAACUCAUUGGACCAGAAUACGAAUGGUGACCAGAGUCGCUUACGGAGCGGGUUAUGUAGUCGAGAAAUGAUUAUCUGAGCAGUCCCCAUGGAAGAUAUUUUGCAAUGGUCAAUGGUCUUUGUUGUGAAUGACAAUCAUCUUUCAGUUCUCCUGCAAUCUAUUGAAGGAGGACGCUCUACAUGGAAACAGCACGUUCUCUUUGAAUCCUUUCUCCAGACGUGGAUGAUUGCUUUGUCAUCCUUGUCCCUUUCAAGAACAAUGAACAUUGGGCGGAGAAAGCGCAAAAUAUUCGCAACAUGCUGCUAUAGAGAUGAUGAUGUACCAAUUCAGAGUUCAAUGGCUGAAAUUGUUAGGACGAUUGUUCUGAGCAAUACACGAGCGAGAUACCAUGGAUUUGUUGCACUUGGGA